CUGUUGACGUUAUAACACGGAAACAGCUGGAAGUCUGAACAUAAAAUAAAUUAAUAAUUUUUGCCGAAAGCUGUCGGUGAUUUUGAUCUUAGACCAUUGCCAACGACAUUUAAAAUAAAUAAAUAAUUUUUCAUGACGGUACGGCCACCGAAAAUGGCAUAAAUAAAAAAGCAUCGUUUAUUAUCGUGUUGUGCUACGCGCGUUCAAUUCGCCAUCUUUGAGUGUAAUCAAUCUUAAGAGAAACAUAAACGGUAAGUGGACUGCAAUUCAAUUUCAUUUCUUUUAUCAUAAAUAUGGUUAAUAUUUUGCCAAAUCAUUGAAAUCUUAAUUGUAAAUGUGAAUGUCAUGCAACCAAUCAAAUGUCAUCGAAAAUUAAGUUGUAUUUUGUGAAUAAAUUGCAUUUGAAAAUCGGCGUCUUCCUUUCGUUUCAUGAAAAAUGAAUGUAAAAUUUACAGUGUAUCCAAAUUGACUAAGUAUUGACCAGCGCCUUAAACUAACGAAUCGACCGAUUGACACGCCAGGACAAAUCCUCAGCAAAAAUGUUUUCGUUCCACAAACCAAAAGUUUACCGAUCAACGCAGGGUUGUUGUAUAUGUAAAGCGAAAUCCAGCAGUUCACGUUUCACAGAUUCAAAGAAAUAUGAAACAGACUUCAUUGAAUGCUUUCAACUGAGCACACCACGCAAAGGUGAAAUUUGCAAUGCAUGCGUUCUGCUAGUGAAACGAUUCAAACGCUUACCGCCGGGAAGCGAUCGACAUUGGGGUCACGUUGUUGAUGCACGCGUUGGACCCGGUCUGAAGUCAAUGACUAAAUUCAAGAAGCGCAAAGAAGAACAGUUGUUGCAACAAGCUAACGGUAAUGGAAAAGCGACCGUCGCAACGACAUCACAAAAUUUAAAAUCCCUGAGCAGUGUGUCCGAACGCUUUGGCAAAAUAUUCAAAAAGACGAAAAAGAAAAAGCUACUGGAAGUGGAAAAGCGAGACGCCAGCCCAUCUUCGGACGAACAGUCGUCUCCAUCGAGUCCCGGUUCGAUUCCGACCGAUUCGGAAAACGUUUACCUGCAAUUCGAUAUGGACGAUGAACUAGAGAAUGACAGCCAUCGAUUGAGCGAUAUCGGCAGAUUGAAGAAGUACCAACGAAAAUCCUAUCGUCCGUUAAAGAAUCGUGGCCAAAUUCAAGCUUCCAUAGUUGACGAACAAUUCUGGGUCCGUGUGAAGACGUGUUGCGGCGUAGUGUAUGAGAAUAAAUUAAUUGGAGCCGUAAUGGUUGACUCAAUGUCCACAACUGUGUGUCCAUUACAUAAACGUGUUCCGAAUACGACGAAUGAAGUGGCGAAAGUGACCAACGGCACCAUGCAUCCAAAUGCACAGCUCGACGCUUUCAAUACACAAGUACAGGAAAUGUACGCUAACAAUGCUGCGUUAAAGUCAUGUAGCAUUGCGGAUAGUUCCACAAAUGCAAUACGCGGUGCUAAGUACGAAGCAAUGCAUCAAAUUGACGUUGUAGAUACGACAAGCAUCAAAAACAAUUACAAACUCAGCAAAUUAGCCCAAUCCAGCACGGAGAUGAGUUCGAAGUCGUUCAAUUAUCUGCAUAAAAUUAAGGCUGACUCCGGUAAAAUCACAAAACUUCCAACCAAAUUGAAAUCGAGCGAUUUGAAUAUUGUGAAAAAUUUGGUCAAAUUUUGUCACGAGAAAUCGGCCAAAGUGACACCGCUCAAUGAUAAAAUCAUAUCGGGAGCGCACAGUGAAAAACUGAAUGAAGUGCUGGGCACGAAAAUGAACGAAAACUCGUCGGAUUCGGGAUAUGAUGAGAUGUCGAAUAGCCAAGAAUUGAAUCAGAAAUCGAGAAUCGGUGCAAUCAGACCCGUUAUUCUAGCUAAUGGAAUUAAGCUCCAUGUGCAACCACAAAAUUUAGUGUUAGCUGCGAAUCUGGCUGGAAUAUCUCCAAUGCAUCAAAAAUCACUCUACAAAACAAGCACAAUACCCGCUCAGAAUCAGAUCGUUGCCGUACACCAGGACGUUAUGCAAAAUGUCAUAUCGUCGACAACCAGCAAUAAAGUUGAGGCCACACCAAGCAACCAGACGAAUCUCAAUCAAAAUUUGGUAGUUAUUAAACCAAAGUAUUUUCAACAGGCCACCAACUGAGACAGGUAAAAAGAUUUAAAAAAAAAGAAUUUUCGUAAAUUUUUCGUUGAAUGAAAACUUAACGAAAAUCGUCAAUUUCUUUUGCGACGGUUAAUCAUUUUUCUAAAAAAAAAAUAUUUUUCUUCGUUCAGUAUUUUUUUACUUUUAAUUUAUUUUUUGUCUUGAUUUUGUUUAGCUUAUUUUACUUUUAAAAAAAUUGGAAAAAGUUUUUCAUUUCCAAAAAAAGCAUAAGAAAAGAAAAUCCCAAUUGUAGUUUAUUGUACAAGUCACAACAAAGACAAUCGAUUAAAAUGUAAUGACCACUGUUUGGAUAGGUAAUUUUCGGAAUUCUUUUCUUCCUUAAUUAGAAAAUCUAUAUUUUGUAAUUUAAACAUUUAAAAAAAAAUCUGAUGAAUCUUCGACUUUCCAUGUUACACACACAUAUAUUUUAUUUUGAGAACCCAGGACGAAUGAAAAAUAUAAAUUGUUACGAGCUCGUGAAUUUUGUGUGGGUGUACAUGACAUCCAGAUUUAUUAUAAAAAAAUAUCUAUUUUUUGCAAUUUUAGCGCGUUUUUUUAAUGUUUAUGUUUCCCUUAAUUUUUUUUUUCUUUCCAAUGUGCAUUUUAUUUAUCAGCCUGUAUUUUAUGAUAUAAGAAAUUAUAAAGUU